UUGUAAAGGUUUUCAUUGAUAAGAUAAGAAAUACAGCUGGAGCUCCUCCCCUGAAGGUGUAAUAAGAGCGACGGUCACUGAAGGGUGUCUCGCUCCCCGGGAGUGUGGCUCACGAUGUGGCUCGCGCCUGCGCCGGGGGUCACUGGUGAGUGUGUUACCAGGCUGCUUAGUGAAGCAAGACAAUUUACACAACGACAGCACAGAUGGCCGUGACGUCCAGGAAGGCAUCAGUCUCUACGGACCAGUCAUCACUGGUCAUCAUCUCGAAGGCUGCCCAUGCAUCAUCAGCCUCUUCGGUGAUGGCGGCCACCAAUUCGGCGGAUGGGCAUGGAUCAUCAGCCUCUUCGGAGAUGGCGGCCACCAAUUCGGCGGAUGCCCAUGGAUCAUCAGCCUCAUCAGACGAGUCAUCACGGGUCGUCACUUCCAAGAGUGCCCAUAGAUCAUCAGCCUCAUCAGACGAGUCAUCACGGGUCGUCACUUCAAACAGUGCCCAUGGAUCAUCAGCCUCAUCAGACGAGUCAUCACGGGUCGUCACUUCAAAGAGUGCCCAUGGAUCAUCAGCCUCAUCGGUGAUGGCGGUCACCAAUUCGGCGGAUGCCCAUGGAUCAUCAGCCUCCACGGACCAGUCAUCACGGGUCAUUGCUUCAAAGGCUGCCCAUGAAUCAUCAGCCUCGACCAUAGCAGCGGAAGUCACCAAGUCUGGAGCUGCCCAUGAAUCAUCAGCCUCCACGGACCAGUCAUCACGGGUCAUUGCUUCAAAGGCUGCCCAUGAAUCAUCAGCCUCGACCAUAGCAGCGGAGGUCACCAAGUCUGGGGCUGCCCAUGAAACAUCAGCCUCCACGGACCAGUCAUCAUGGGUCGUCACUUCAAAGGCUGCCCAUGCAUCAGCCUCAACCAUAGCAGCGGAGGUCACCAAGUCUGGGGCUGCCCAUGAAACAUCAGCCUCCACGGACCAGUCGUCAUGGGUCGUCACUUCAAAGGCUGCCCAUGCAUCAGCCUCAUCGGUCCUGGCCACUCCGUCAGUGGCCGCACGCGGUGCAGGGCUCACCGCCCGGACGGGCUCGCCACACCGCCUCCCGUUGCACCGGAGGCUGGUGAAGACGGGCCCGUCGUCACAGAAGAGAGAGAAGUGGAGGCCGCUGAUGUUGUCCAGCAGCCAGGCCAGCGGCAUGGAAGAGGUGAAGACUGGCUUCCUAAGCGAGGCGCAUUGCACCCUGACGGCCGCGUUGCCGUCUUUCUUGCACAGCUUCGCCAAGGGCACACGCAGCUCACCCUCGGCGUGGCAGCCUCGAAUCCCUGCGACGCAAGACCAUCUUUCCACGGGGAGUUUGACGGAGGCGACCGUACGCCUCCUCUUCAGGCAGCAGGUGGAGUCCUUGCACGAGAGCUUGAUGGAGUCCACCAGGGAGGAGCCUCGCUCCAGGGUUACCCACACGUUGAAUUUCUGUCGAGAUGCAGAGUUUCCCAUCGUUGUUUCGAUGUGAUAUAAAAAAUAUCCGUAUAUCGAGGAAAUCGGUGUUAGGUAAUAAAAGGAGGUGCUAUGUCCAUGAAGACCGACUGGCCUCCAGCAAAUUCUUUCUGCUGUAAUCUUGCCUAGUCGGCUAAGUAGUGCAGUUCACGCGUCGGAUGGCGGGUAACAGGGCUGCAGCA